GAAACUUCCGUGAACGUGUAGAUGUUUUAGAUAAAUUAAAUAACACUGAAUUAAUUGAAAGAUACAGAUUUGACAGAGAUGGAAUUUUAUUUUUAAACCAGCAGCUUGAGCAUAUUAUAUCUCCCACAACUCAAAGAAACCACAGUCUCAACAGCAUUGAAAAAAUAUUAUUAACACUGCGCUAUAUUGCCUCAUCAAGCAUACAACUUAAUGACGGUGACAUCCAUGCCGUAAGUCAACCAACAGUCUCUCGGUCGAUUACUGCAGUAAUCGAUGCCCUGACACUGCCUGAAAUUGUGAGGCAAUAUAUUUGUCUGCCCACAACUUUAUGGGAUGUCAGACAACAGAAAACGGACUUUUUUAAUGUUGCUGGCUUUCCCAACGUUAUUGGGGUUGUAGAUGGAACACAUAUCCAGAUACAGGCACCAACAGUUGAUGAACCACAAUAUGUCAAUAGAAUGGGGUACCACUCCAUUAACACACAGAUCAUUUUUGAUGCUAGCUACCAUAUUAGAGAUAUUGUUCCAAGAUGGCCAGGUUCGGUUCAUGAUGCCCGAAUCCUUCGUAACAGUGGAGUGUACCAGUUCAUGGAGGACAACGUUGAGCAAGAAAGACACCAAUACUUGCUGGGGGAUUCGGGCUACCCCUGUAAACGCUGGCUUUUGACCCCAUUUUUACGGCCUGAUGGUGAACAUCAACUUAACUUCAACAUUGCUCAUAAACGAACCAGGUCUGUGGUGGAGAGAGGGAUAGGGCAGCUGAAACGAAGAUGGGGUGUGCUUCAUGGGGAGAUAAGAAUGCAGCCACUCAAAGCAUGCAAGAUCAUUUUGUGUUGUGGUGUAUUGCACAAUAUCUGCAAAACUAGGAACAUUCAAAUGGAUGAAGUGAACAUUGAAGAACUGCCAGACCAACCAGAACAUUAUGCUGGGCUUGAAGAUGGUCUUCACUACAGGAAUGUUAUUGCAAACACAUUUUUCUAAACUGUUGCUUUUAUACCUCUAGUAUGCCAGUAUAUAUAUAUAUAUAUAUAUA